AAUGUCCUUCGCGCGUCGUCGCAUGUCGACGGAAUCUCAAGUUGUAAGCGUUGUCGUCGACGUCGUGUUGGAAAAGAUCUUAUGGCACUGUUCUCACGCGCAAAGUUCGGUUAAAUGCUCAUGACGUUGAUGUUAUAUGACGGUUAAGAGAGGCUCCGCGAGGGAAGGAAGAACAAACUCCAACGUCUCUCGUGAAAAAGUGAUUGCGUUGUAAUGUGUACUGCAAGAAAUAUAAUUUGAGUGCAAGCUACGCUCGAGACUUCGUUACAUAGAAUGGAACGCACGAAAUAUUUUAGUAGUAUUUUAUUUACCAUUUUUCUACAGCUUUUAUUAUUUACUUCUCUUGCAUGUACGUCGAACGUUUAUUCCGAAAAUGCAUCUACGAACGAAAACGAAAUUACCCCACAAAUUAGUUGGGUUUUUAGCAAAUCUUCUGCUGACAGUUUGCAUAGGGUCAAAAGAAAUUCUAUGUAUAAACGAGAGAAUAAUUUGUUAAGCUUUAUGUUACCAAAGUGUCAAAUGAAUUUAAAGGAACUCUGCGAAGACAUAGACAAAAAUGAUGAAUUGGUGCUAUUGGAAUGCAUUCAAACUUUGAAGCCUAAUGAAAUGUCCAUCAUCGACACGGACUGUCAGCAAGCAAUUUGGGAUUAUGUAAAGAACAUUACCAACAAUCAAAAUGUAUAUAGGUUGGCUAAAAAAGCGUGCGAUCACAACGAGUUGGAUAAUUUAGAAUGUUCUCCCGAAGGAAAUGUACAGGGAGCUUACUUGUCUUGUUUAGUAGAAAAGAGAGAAAGCGUGAAAAAUCUGCAAUGUAUUGCUUAUAUCCAACGAUUAGAAUGGAUUGCAUUCAGUGAUUUCAGAAUCAUUACACCAUUUUUUUCCGAUUGCGAAGAAGAUAUCAAAACAUUUAAAUGUGGCAGGAUACAACAAUAUAGAGACAUAUCGCAAGGACAAAUUUUAGCCUGUUUGCAAGAACAUAUCGAACAAUUACAGGUUAAAUGUAAACGACGCAUACUCCGUGUUUCUGAGAUACAAGCUGAUAAUAUUAAAUUGGAUCGUCAACUCUAUUUAGCCUGUAUACAUGAUCAUAUCAAAUUUUGUCCAAAUAUUAGGCCAGGAAGCGGUCAAGUAUAUAAGUGUUUAAUGCAACAUAAAAUGGAACAUUCCAUGACAGCUCAGUGUCAAGAACAACUUAUAAGAAGGGAAAAACUUAUUGCCUCUGAUUAUAAGGUCAGCAAAGGUUUUGUUAAAGCGUGUAAGGAUGAUAUUAAAACGAAUCGUUGUAAAAAAGGUGUAUCAGAGGACAAAGAAAUAAGACUCGCGCAAAUUUUACUUUGUCUGGAAUCAGCUAUGAAAAAUGGUUCCAAAAUCGAAAGAGCUUGUCAAGCAGAAAUGUUUGAUCACAGAAAAUUAUUAAUGGAAGAUUAUAGAUUAUCUCCUGAAAUAGUUGAUGGUUGUGCAAAUGAUAUCACAAUGUUUUGUAACAGUCUUGAAGUUGGUGGUGCCACGAUUCAUUGUUUAAUGGAACAUACCAGAACACGAAAGAAGAAGUCUAGAGUUUCUAACAAAUGUCAGAGAGCGUUAGAACAAUUAAUUAAAGGAGCAGAUGCCGGAGAAGAUUGGAGAAUAGAUCCAAUUUUGAGAGAAGAGUGUCAGCAUGUUGUCAAUCAAGCUUGCAAAGAUGUACGUGGCGGAGAUGCCAGAGUUAUAUCUUGUUUGACGGACCAAAUCGGAACUUCUAAAAUGACAGAAGCCUGUGAAACAGCUUUGAUUCAGAUACAAUAUUUCGUAGCUAGAGAUUACAAAUUGGAUCCUCAAUUGUACAAAGCAUGUAAAUACGAUGCUAUCCGUUUAUGUCACGCGGCAAAUGCAUGGGCAAACGAUGGAACGCAAAUGGAUCCAGAAAGAGGUCCGCUUGUAUUACCAUGUUUAUACAGACAUGCCUAUCAAAAAAAUUUGACGUUAAAAGGUGAAUGUUUGGAAGAAAUAAGAAGAGUCAUGAGACAAAGGGCCGUAAACGUCGAUUUGCAACCUGAAAUUGAAGAAGUAUGUUUAAGCGACUUGGCAUCAUUUUGUUAUGAUAAGACUGCGAAAGGAGAGGAGAUUCUAUGUCUUCAAGAUAAUUUAGAUAGUUUAACUAAAAUAUGCAAAUUGGCAGUUGGAAAUUUUACAGAAGUACAAGCUGAACGUAUUGAAUUAAAUCCAAUAAUUUCGUCCGCGUGUCAACACGUUAUGGAACAUCAUUGUGAGGAAGUGCUUAAAUAUGGUAAAGACGAGGGUGAUAUGAUGGAAUGUUUAAUAGAACAUAAAAAUGAGUUAGAUGUUCGAUCUGAUUAUAAAUGUAAAGCGGCUAUAGAACAUUUUCAAUUAAUAUCAUUGAAGAAUUAUCGAUUUACAUACAAGUUUAAAGAAGCUUGUAGAAGUUACGUUAAAAGAUGGUGUCCCAGAUCGAAAACAAAAGCAGAAGUUAUAGAAUGUCUCAGUUCGAUUGUACAAGCAGACAUAAUGAAAAAUACGCAACAUCGUAUACCAAAAGAAUGUAGGCAACAAUUGAAAGCUCAAUUAUAUCAGCAACGAGAAAAUAUACAGUUUGAUCCUGUAUUACAUACAUCGUGUGCACAAGAUAUAAAACAAUUUUGUUUUAACGUGGAAGCAGGCAAUUCACAGGUAUUGGAAUGUUUAGCUUCACAAAAAACAAAAUUGUCUGAUUCGUGUCAUAAAAAAUUAUUUAACGUAAGAAAACAAGAGUUUCAAGAUAGUUCGAGCGAUUUUGCGUUAAUAAAUACCUGCCGUGCAAUGUUGAGACAAUUUUGCCAUGAUGUAAAUCGAUCGGGAAGUCUUGAUUGUUUAAAAAGAUAUAAAGACGAUACUACUUUCGAUGAAAAAUGUAAAAAUAUCGUAAUUCGAAGAAUGAUUGAACAAAACACUGACUACAGAUUUAACACUGCAUUACAAAAUGCAUGUACCUAUGAUAUUGACAGAUUUUGCAAAGGGGUUUUAAUACGUGAACCAACUGAUAAGGAACUCGAAGGAAAAGUUAUAAAAUGCUUAAAAAUUAAAUUUAGGGAAGCCAAACUUGUGCCAAAAUGUGAGCAACAAAUGACCAUUAUACUUAGAGAAGCUGCUCUAAAUUAUCACUUGAAUCCUUUACUAGCUACAAUGUGUGCACGUGAGAUCGAAACAAUAUGUCACAAUGACAAUGAUCCUGCUGCUGUAGAGGAAUGUUUGAAAAUGGAGUUCAAUGCUGGAAAUAAAGUUAUGAAGGAAGAAUGCAGAUUGGAGGUAGCAGAUUUGAUAGAACAGACGAGAGCAGAUAUCAACGUUGACCCUCUAUUACAAAAAGCUUGUGCAGUAGACGUUAGCAAAUAUUGCAGUGACAUUCCACAAGGGGCAGGAAGACAUAUCAUGUGUCUGCAAAAUGUUUUACAAGAUAAUAAUAAAUCUUUAGAACCAGAUUGUUAUAAAAUGUUGACAACAAGAAUGGAAAUGUUCAGAAAUGCUGCCAAGUUAAUCGCUCCUAAUAGUAUAGAAGAACUGUAUUCAUCUCUUAAUCGAUCUCCUGCAAAACGAUAUUUUAUGAUGGUAGGAUUUACCCUUAUUGGAAUUAUUUUUAUCAUUGGUAUGUUUUGUGGAAGAGUAACAAGGAGAACAAUGAUAAUGAAAAAUAAGUGAUAAAUUAAAGUUGGGCUUAUCCGUCCACCAAAAAAAAAAAAAAAAAAAGAAAGCAUUUUCGUAUAAUUAUAAAUUAACUUCAGAAAUUAGAAAACAUGUGGCAUUCAAAUUUCUGAGCGAUCAUUUCGUGCUCUAUUCUAAGUCUAAACUUAUUGAGAAAUUUUUAAAGUGAUCACACAAAUAUAAAUAUUAAUCUUUUAUACUUUUCUUUAUUAUGUGUAUAAAUAAAAAUAAAUAUUUAUGCUCUUGUGCGAUGUAUAUAUAAUGAAAUUGAUUUUCUUAUGUGGCAAAUUGACUAAAAAGAAAAAAUAGAACUAUCGUAUGUAUAAAAGAAAGUUAUGAGAGUCAAUGUUACAACGUGUUUACAAGGACAUAUAAGUAUAUAUUAGGAUUUAAUAAAUAUGCCGGAAAUAUUAUAAAAUGGA